AUGGGAAAUUUCAUGUGCCCUGACAACAGUAGCUGUACUAACACAGCAGGGAGCUACAACUGCACCUGUCACCCAGGAUUCUCACGCAAUAACUUCCUGUGUUUGGACAUUAAUGAGUGCUCCCUUGGCCUGAUGCAGUGUCCUAAUUUUUCCAACUGCCUGAACACAAUUGGAUCUAGCAUCUGUGAGUGUUGGAAAGGCUACCAAGGCACAGAGUGUAGGGAUAUUGACGAAUGCCUGGACAACUCCAACUGCCCUGAUCAUAGCACAUGUGUGAACACCAAUGGAAGCUACAAAUGCCUUUGUCAGACCGGGUUUUCCAACAGUGCUGACUUGUGUGUGGACAUCGAUGAAUGCAGUGAAAACCACAUGGGGCAGCUUUGCAAAAAUGGAGCAUGCAUGAAUGCUCUUGGCUCUUAUUACUGUGAUUGUUUUAAGGGAUUCUGGAGCAACGGUACAGAGUGCAUGGAUGUAGAUGAAUGCUCAGAGCUUCUCAACUCCUCAGUGUGCCACCCUUUUUCCACAUGUCUUAACACUCCAGGUUCAUACCGCUGUCCUUGUAACAAAGGCUUUUUUUUUAAUGGUACCAAGUGUCUGGACGUGGAUGAAUGUCUUGACCCAAAUGGUACCCCAUGUCCAGAGAACUCUUUCUGUAACAAUACGGUAGGGUCUUUCAUCUGUCGGUGCUCUCCCGGAUACAAACCCAUUGACUCUGCCUGUGAGGACAUUGAUGAAUGCAAAUACAACAACACUUGUCGGCCUGACCAGGUGUGCACAAACCUACCUGGAGCAUACAAUUGCUCCUGCCUAUUGGGUUAUCAUGAAGAGAGGGAGGCAUGUGUCGACAACAAUGAAUGUGAGACAUCACCGUGCCAUCCCUUGGCACAGUGUUGGAAUACACCUGGCUCCUUCUCCUGCCACUGUCCCACAGGCUUCACUGGAGAUGGCACUCGGUGCAAAGAUGUAGAUGAGUGUGUUGCCUUGACCAAUACGUGCCAUCGCCUCUCUCAAUGUCAUAACACUCCGGGGUCAUUUGUUUGUGUGUGUCAGCCAGGCUUCUUGAGUAUUGGUUCCCUAUGUGUGGACAUUAAUGAAUGCCUGCAGGGAAAUGGGCAGUGUCACUCUGCUGCUACCUGCAUCAACCAUGUAGGAGGAUUCAGAUGCUUAUGCAACAGAGGCUGGGAAGCAACCAAGGAUAAUGGUCAUGGAACAGGAGGAUGCGUAGAUUUGAAUGAGUGUUUGUCCCCCAACGCAUGUCCUCAGCAGUCAUCUUGUACCAACCUACCAGGGAGCUAUGCCUGUUCAUGUCCAGAAAACAACCCAGUUUGCAAAACCUCAACUAGGAUAGAGAGCACUCUGUACCCAUAUGGAGCAGAAGCUGGAGAUAAAGAAGUGAAAAUUGAAGCAAAAGAUGGAAAUUCUCCCUACAUCGCACCACCAGCAGGGUUUGUUUUCAUGGGGAAACUCUAUGACAGGAUAUAUUUUUCUGAUAACGGCCUGGUCCAGUUUCAGUCGUUGGCUGAGAAUGAACAAUAUCUGUUCCCGUCUCCUUCCGCUAACGGUUUCCCUGAAGACAUAAAAGUGCAAUUAUUGGCCGUGUUUUGGGAUGAUGGUGACCUCACCCAAGGGAAGGGGAAGCUGUACUAUCAGGAAUAUUCUAAACCGGAUGCAUCAGAUGUUUACUCCCAGAUGGUGUUUAUUCGCACAGCAGAUGAAGUGACAAGGUUUGAGGGUCUGAAACAGAGACCUUCAUUUUCCCCUGCCUGGAUCCUCAAGAUCACCUGGGACAACGUGAUGCCCGUCUCCUAUCAGAAGAUUAACUUUUCAGAGACUAACACUUUCCAGUGUAUCUUGACUACGGAUGGAGUACGCUCCUUUGCCCUUCUGCGAUAUGGAGAGAUGAAAUGGGGACCUGGGUUUAGGAAGCAUCACGAUGCUCUUAUUGGCUACACAGAUGGAAGAACCACUUUCAAGGAGACCACCAUCCCCCCAGAGAACCUCUUUGGGCCUGCAGGCAGAUACAGACCUAAUGAAGUUAAAGGAACGCUAGGGAAUCUUGGCCAGUUGGUGUAUGAUUUGACUGGGCCACAAGGGUCAGAUGAUGAUGCCCAAAUCAAAUGCCAGGCUUGGUCAAAGAAGGAGCCUGAUCCCGCUAAGUGGACGGUGGGGCUGCCCUCCUGUCCCUGCACCUGGACCCAGGCUCUGGAGGACCUGGCAUUCGUACAGGAUCUCACUGAUCCAGGUGGAACAGUUCAGAAGCUGAGGUCUCAGCGGUGGGGGGGUUCCUCUGGACCCGUCUUUAGGUUGCUCCUGUCCAACCAAUUUGGCGCUGGAAAGAGCUGUGUGUAUGAUCCAGAGGGUGCCUUGGUGGCUGGGUACAACGAAUGCUACUUUUACGGACACAGCACACAGAAACAUAUUGAAGAGGAUCUUCUUCCAUUUCAGUGGUGUUGCAUCAACUCUUCCCUGUGCCAUCUUUACCUCAGCAAGAGACCUUUGGAUCGCUGUCAAGGUUAUAGCAUCAGCAGUCGCAGCGAUUCUUCCCCGUCCAAUGGGGCAACACACGGCCAGGCAAUGGUGUAUGGGAGCCUGCAUUUCAUCACCUUUGAUGGGACAGAGUACUCGUUUAAGGCCCUGGGGGAGUUUGUGAUAUUACGUCUCUCAUCUGCAAGGGGCUCUAAUAUCUUCACCCUACAAGGACAGAUCGAAAAGCUAAACACAGUCGCAAGGGGGAUCUUUGAGGUCCCAGUGGUGGUGCGCAUGGCUGCCUUCCACCAAGGCAUCGGCAAGAUUGAGUGGAAGUGCUCUGACAAAGACAGUGGAUUGCAGAUCUUUGUGGAUAAUGUUGAAGUAUCAGUCAGAAUCGGUGUUGUGUACGAGGACAAGAGGAACUUUGCAGUCCGUUGUCUCUCUGUGAAUCGCUGUGCAGCAGUGUAUGCCAGUAGUCUCAAGGUGGUCGUGUGGCGAAGCGAAGGCUACAGUCAGCUGGGAGCCAUGGUGGAGGUCCCUCAGAACUUUUACAAACGCACUGUGGGUCUGUUGGGUCUCUGGAGCUCCAACCGGUCUGAUGAUUUCCUCAUGUCGGAUGGCAAGGUCCUCUCCUCUGGGGAUCUCAACCCCCCUGAAGAGGAGAGGCUGAAACUCUUUUGCUUGUCCUGGGCGGUCCCAGGUCCUGAAAGCCUGCUGUUCUCUUCGCCUCCAAAGGUUCCACUGGCUACAAACUCCACCAAGCUCCUGCUGGAACACUUCAGUCCUACUGAGCUGGAAACGCAGAAGAAAAUUUGUAAAGACAGCAUGCAGUGCGUACAGGACAGCCUAGCAUCCGGCAUCUCUGACCUGGGCCAACAGACUCUAGAUGCCCAGACACAGUUCAGGAACCUGGCUCUCAUUUAUGGCAACAUGCCACCCAUAGUGACAGAGCCCACUGUGAUACAGGGUAAGGUCAACUCACAGGUCAGCAUUCAAAUUGUGGCUCAGGACCCAAACAGUGACCCCAUCACCUACUCAUUGCUAUUCCCCAGGCCUCCGGGGGCCAAUGUUGGCAGUGGUGACGGCUCCCUGACAUGGACACCCCUCAGCACUCAGCCUGUCCAGCUGACUGUCAAGGUCAGCGACAAACAGACGAGCUCCUUGUUCACCCCCAUCCUGCGUGUCUGCAACUGUCUUAAUGGAGGAACCUGCCUGUAUGACAGCAUUGCUGAAAGUAAUCUGCAGGGAAAGUUCCAGUUGGUGGGGUGCUUGUGCAUGAAGGGAUACAGUGGGAAGUUUUGUGAGAACACAACAGAUGUAUGUCGAGGCAAACCGUGUUUCAGGGGGGUUCAGUGUCACCUAACCUCCAUCCCCGACCAGUUCACCUGCGGAGAGUGUCCUGACAGUACUGUCUCUAAUGGCAAAGAGGGAUACAAAUGCUUUGAGUAUGACAUGUGCAGCCCUCCUUUCCCCUUCCCUUGCCACAAGGAUGCGGAUUGCCGAAACACGAAACUUAGCUACUCCUGCUCAUGCAAAUCUGGCUUUAAUGGAGACGGACACAACUGCGAAGAUGUGGAUGAGUGUGCAGCGCUCAAUGCAUGUGAGAAUGCCAAGUAUGAGUGUUUGAACAAACACGGAUCUUUUGAAUGCCUCUGCAGAUACAAAAACUCCAAGAAUAAUGACGGAUGUGGUAACUCUACAAAUCCUCCAGGGUACAACAUGUUUAACAUCUCCAUUGUCUGGAGAAAUGAAAGAACGGAUGGACGCAAGCAGCUGGAUGAAAUUCUGACCAAAGGUUUUGCAAACAAAUUCUACAACAUCAGUAAGGGAAAUGCAUCCAGCCCUGAAGUGGAAGAAUAUCGAGUGGCUGUUUCCAGCGACACGCCUCACUGGUACAUCCGAGACUACCUGGCCAGAGUCAGCACCUUCUAUGACAUAAAGACCGUGGCAGUUGAUGAUUUAGAUGAGUGUAAGGCCAAGGAGGCGGGGUGUGACACUUAUGCCAUGUGCAUCAACACCUACGGAGGCUACAGGUGUGUUUGCGACGACACAGCUAAUCUAGAUGGAAGCCGGUCCUGUAUAUAUGCAGAAAGAUCAGAGACGCGUGACUCAAACGUGAACCUAAUUGUGAGUUUGGUUCUGGGCAUUGGCAUACCUCUGCUCCUGCUGCUGCUUCUGGUUCUACUGGUCUACUGCUGCUGCCGGAAGAAGACUGUUACUGGAGACCUCCCCCACUUGUUGCCAGAUCACAUCCAGCAGCAGUUCAACCCCCCACCCUUCAACUAUGCUGACCCGGCCCUGCAGUACAUCAGCCACUGCAGCCCUCGGGUCUUGGACAACGUCACGCCCCGGCAGCGGCUAAGAUAGCCCACCCUACGAGACCAUCAGUUUAACAAAUACAAAGCAAGCACUUUUCCAGACCCAGUAUGAGAUAAUAAUGAUAGGCUGAAUAUUACAGUAUUUAUAUUUUCAAUCAGGCAAUUGGAUCUACAAAGCUGAAUCAUGACAAGUUUAUUAAUUUGUUUUUUUAUUUUGUGUUGAACAGUUUUCAAUCUGUCUGACCCAGCAGAAGUCCAGUCAUGGCAGGAAAUGUUGAUUAAAAGUAAAACACUGCAGUGCUCUUUAUGUUCCAGUUAAAAACGAGCCAACAGUAGCAUUUGUCAAAGUACCAGGUGUCUGAUUCCUGCUCAGCAUCCCAAAAGAAAGAUGAUUUAAACUACUGUGGAUGAUCACAGCCACUGCAUCUGUCCAUAAAAAGGUGCCGGUGUUUCCUAAAAACUAUUUAUAUACUGUUGAAUUUCAGACUCCUGAAUUAUUUUUCAUUGCUAAAGUCUACGUAGCUGGAAGCAGUCCUGCAAGUAAAAAUAAUACAACCUUUGUAAAUAUCUUGUGACACAAUAAUAAAAAUGGUCCAUUCAAGAA